AUGGCAUUAGGCCUAGGGCCUGCUGCUGUCUCUUUGGUAGGCUACACGCCUAUGUUCAUUCUUCCAACUCUAAAUUUUACCGUGGGACAGGUGGCCGUCGUGUGUGAAACGCUCGAAGAGAGUGGGGACAUUGAACGACUGAAACGCUUCUUGUGGUCGCUUCCCGUCGCCCAUCCAAAUUGUACGGAUUUAAACAAGAAUGAAGCAGUGCUUCGAGCUCGGGCAGUCGUGGCUUUUCACACUGGUAACUUUCGUGAACUGUACAGCAUUGUAGAAAAUAAUCGUUUCUCAAGGCAUUCUCAUGACAAACUGCAAGCCAUGUGGCUCGAGGCUCAUUAUCACGAGGCCGAGGAACUCCGCAGCCGGCCGCUAGGUCCAGUAGACAAGUAUAGGAUACGAAAAAAGUUUCCCUUACCCAGGACCAUCUGGGACGGAGAACAAAAAACUCACUGUUUCAAGGAGCGUACGAGAAGUCUCCUAAGAGAAUGGUAUCUCCAAGAUCCUUAUCCAAACCUGACAAAGAAACGCGAGUUAGCGCAUGCAACUGGUCUCACUCCGACACAGGUGGGAAAUUGGUUCAAGAAUCGUCGACAGCGGGACCGCGCUGCUGGCGCCAAGAACAGGUAA